CGCUCUCUGUCCAACAGGGGGUGGUUUCAGGACUCGACCAGGACACUUGGCUCUGUACGGUACAGCUUCAAAUCAGGCUGAGCGCGCGGCGGCUCGUGUGUGUGUGUGUGUGUGUGUGUGUGUGUGUGAGAGUCUCGCUGCUUUCAACUACACUGCACAAUACGAGUCCUGUUGUUGUUUUGUUUUUAUCAUUAGGCUGUUUUUGCUUUUUUUUGUCCACGCCGCCGUGAUCUAAUGGACCUCCACGCCCUUCAGACGUUCUGAGACAAGACACCGGAGAAGGUUGUUGUCGUGCAUUGGGACGAUGGGUUUUGCGGAGGAACUGUGGUGCAAUCAGGGUCAUGCCGCUCUGCUGCGGCUGCAGGACACUGAGCUGCGGCUCAUGGAGGUGAUGAAGAAAUGGAUGACCCAGAGAGCAAAGAGCGACCGGGAGUUCUCUGCUCAGCUGCACCAAAUGGCAGCCAUGGUGGAGAAAUUAGAGGGCGCUCAGCCUGGAGGAGGAUUAGAUUACAUCAGCCAGCUCAAUAAGUCAUGGAAUGUGAUGGUGAGCGAGACGGAGAACCUGAGUCGACUCCUGCGCAAGCACUCUGAAGACCUGAUGGUGGGGCCGCAUAGCAAACUUACGCUUCUAAUACGGGACAAACAGCAACUAAAGAAGACAUAUGGCGAACAGUGGAGCCUUCUCAACCAGGAGCUAUGCAGGGUCACCCAAACUGAGUUGGAUCGCCUGAAGUCUAAUUACAAGCAGUUGGUGCGGGAUGCAGGCCAGGCCAAAAAGAAAUAUCAGGAGGCGAGUAAAGACAAAGACCGUGAGAAGGCCAAGGAGCGCUACAUCAAAGCUACACUGAAGCUUCAUGAGCACCAUAACGAGUAUGUUCUGGCAGUGAAGGCGGCUCAGGUGCACCAUCAGCAGCACUUUGGCCGGAGCCAGCCGGCACUGCUCACAGCUCUGCAGACGCUGCAGGAGGAGAUGGUGCUCAUUCUGAAGGAGAUUCUGCAGGAGUAUUUUGACCUGACCAGUCUUCUCCAGGAAGAAAUAGUGUAUGUACAUAAUGAGAUGACCAAUGCCCUCAAAGCCAUCGAACCACACAGAGAGUAUGAAAGCUUCAUUCAGCAGAACAGGUCGAGAGCAGAAGUACCAGCGUGUGUGGAGUUUGACAGCAGCCUGCUGGAAGAUGCUGAGCAUUUGAAGCCUGAGGAAUUGGAAUUGAAUGAACUCACUCUGGAAGGAAUACAGCACCGAUUAACAGCUAUUGAGGAGGAGCUUCUCAGCAUAGCAGCGACUCUGGGAACACAGCAGGCCACUGUUAACCAACUGGAGAUGGAUCUUGAGGCUGAAGAGAGCUUGGACAAGGCUGGCCAAAGGGUUUACCAGUUCAGCAAACGCAAUGCUCUGGAGGACAGCAGACAGCAGGUGGUGACGUCGAUGGUGGCGCGUGCCCGGCUUGAGGCCCAGCGCAGGUUGCUGGCUGAUAAACUAGAGAGCCUCGGCAAUAAAGAGCCACCUACACUGGGACUGGAUGAUGAUCGGAUUUCUGUCAGCUCCUGUACCUCUGAGCGUGACAAAGACUUCAAGGUCCCCAGCAUGGACGGCAUCAUCAACCACCUGAGCAGCCUGUUCAAACCUAAGUACACAAGUAGUGUGUUUUACGAUCUCUCCCAGGUACCACCUGCUCUGUCUCCUGUGCCAGAGGUUGAGAAGCCUCUAAAUCAGCAGUGUUGGUACCAUGGUGCCAUUCCACGUGUCGAAGUCCAAGAGUUGCUAAAGAAUGAUGGGGACUUUUUGGUCAGACAGAGCCAAGGCAAACAGGAGUAUGUGCUGUCUGUGCACUGGGGUGGCCAGUGUCGCCACUUCCUCAUUCAGAACACAGAGGGUAUGUAUCGUCUGGAUGGUGAAGGUUUCCACUCCAUACCACUGCUCAUGAACUACCUUCUCAACUCCAACAGAAAUGUCACUAGGAGGACAGAUAUAGUGCUGAAAAAACCCAUUCCAAAGGACAAGUGGUACUUAGAUCAUGAUGAUGUUAUUCUUGGCCAAAGCAUUGGACGGGGGAAUUUCGGCGAGGUCUUCAGUGGCCGUCUGCGCUCAGACAAUGCACCAGUGGCGGUGAAAGCUUGUCGUGAAAACCUUGCCAUAGAACUCAAAAAUAGAUUUCUCAUGGAAGCUCGGAUUCUAAAACAGUAUGACCAUCCGAACAUAGUGAAGCUCAUCGGGGUCUGCACGCAGAAACAACCCAUCUAUAUAAUCAUGGAGCUUGUGCAAGGGGGAGACUUCCUUUCCUUCCUCCGUUCAGAGGGACACAUCCUGAAGCCGAAGAUGAUGAUUAAGAUGGCAGAGAAUGUGGCGUCUGGCAUGGAGUACUUGGAGAACAAGAAGUGCAUUCAUAGGGAUUUGGCAGCAAGGAACUGCCUGGUUGGAGAAAAGAGCAUAGUGAAGAUCAGUGAUUUUGGCAUGUCACGUGUAGAACAGGAAGGCGUGUAUUCAGCAACUGGCGGCAUGAAACAGAUCCCAGUAAAAUGGACUGCACCCGAGGCCCUCAACUAUGGGCGCUACACCCAUGAGAGUGAUGUGUGGAGUUUUGGCGUGCUGCUUUGGGAGACGUUCUCUAGAGGAAUAACUCCAUACACCAGCAUGAGCAAUCAGCAGACCAGGGACGAAGUAGAAAAAGGGUAUCGUAUGCCAGCCCCGAAUGGCUGUCCAGAUGAGAUCUAUGCCCUAAUGCGUCGCUGCUGGCAGCAUGACCCGAGAAUGCGUCCUUCCUUCAAAAAAAUCAGGGCAGAGCUACAAUCGCUUUGUAGCUAAUUUAAUACAUGCAAACACACACAUACAUUCUUUGUAACAUUUAAAGCACACACACACAUCCAAGCUGUGCUGAAAUUAUGUCUAAUUGAACCGAAUCUUUUAUAAGACUAUCUUUGGAAUGUAUAUUUUGCUCUUGGAACAUUUUAUAUAUAUUUUUAAUGUAUUUAAAUUGAAACCCUGCCAUAACUUAUGAUCACGAUGUAUUCACAUGACAUUGUUUUUUUCUCUGAAUAAAGUCAGUGUUGUGACUAAAAGAUGAAA